AUGAGGAAGGUAUUGGCAUGUGAGAGGUGCCGGAGUAGUAAGGUUAAGUGCCGACACCAAGGCUCGCCUCCUUGUGAAAAUUGCACUGGCAAAUCAUAUGAGGUUUUGUGCGCAUUGAGCCUCCCACUUUUAAAAAGGAUCACAAGGCCACCAGCUUCAAGGACAGACCAACCUGAGUCUUCUGGCGAAUCUCAUGCCACUAAUACAGAGGCCGGUCGGUCAAAUGUAAGUUCAAAUGUUAUGGAGGCGACACCUGGUGACUACAGCUCCGCGUCGGCAAAGCCGUCAAGAAGAGGCAGCAGAACUAAAGUCGAAAAGCCUCCUUCAUCGACAGGUUUGCGUGGGAACAAGGAAACCUCGAUGUGCCAAGCUAUCUUGAGAGCAACAUCUGAGGAUCCUCCAACACCAACACCAAUCAACCUGCUGCUCUCGAAUAAUCUCCCGAGUGAUCCCGAAAUGGUUACCAACUCUGAAAGACUGGAGACCAUGGCUGAGGUUAUUUCAGAGAUUCCGGAAGCCGCUUUGCAACUCGUUAUUACACAAAUGUCGAGCAGUUUUCCCGAGCUCGCAUUUUUACAUAUGCCCUCCUUGUUACACAAUGUGAAAGCAACAGAUCCCCUGGUUACAUGUUCGCUUUUGGAUCUAUUCACUUCGUUCAAUCAAACCUUUGACAGUGGUCCUUUCAGUGACUGGUUAGGUACAGGUUCUCGUUUUGUAAAGAAAAAGAUCUACGGGAAAAUUAUGGUCAAAGAACUUCUCUCGCCCAAUUCCCUGCUUUAUGCGCCAUCAAUUGAAGUAGUUCAAGCACUUGUAAUUUUGGCCCUCUCUUAUUGGGGAAAAGGUGAUUAUUUCAUGUGCUGGAUGCUGCAGGGUAAUGCUUCAAGAAUGUUACAAGCUUUUGGUUUUUGCCUUCCCCCGUCCGGUCUUUAUAGCGAGGACUCGUCUUACAACAACGAUUGGCACAUGUCCAGCUUAGGAGAGCUUGACUCUGAGAUACUAUGUAGGACAUAUUGGUCCUGCUUUAUGAUUGAUAGAAUUACAGCAUUUGGAAAUAACAGAUCCUUUGCAUUUUCGAAGUGUCGAUAUGAAAAAGUACCCCUACCUCAUGACAAGCGAUCAUUUGCCCUCAUGACAAAUUUGACAUGCGCACAACCUCUAACUGAUAUAAUAACAAUUAAGAGUUAUAACGAUCAAGUCACUUUUCGUCACUCCCCUCACACAGUCGGUGAACACGCAAUCUACAUCAAGAUUUUUUCCAUUUGGGGAGAAAUAAAUGAGUAUUUGAUGCAAGGAGGUAGAUACAGUCAAUCACUUCCUCCUUGGGACCAAAACUCGGUCAAUUACAAAAUUCAUGCUGAAUUGAAAAAAUGGUGGGGUUCGUUGCCAAUCCACUGGCGCUGGACAAGCGAAAGGCUGACCCUCCACCAAACGAUGGGAACAGACACAAUAUUUACUAUGAGUAACUGCUUGUAUCAUUUGUGCGUAACAUAUCUCAACAGAGAACACCUGCCAUUUUUGCCACAUUCUAUUGAGUGCCCUUCUGGACCAACAGAAGAACCUCUACUUCCCGAUCCGCCUGAUGAAGAAUACUGGACUGCCAGUGCUACAGAAUGCUUUCAAAGCACGCGCUCGUUGAGUUCAAUACUCAACACCCUUCAUGAAACGGAGGUUAAGGAAGAGCUAGGAGGAUCUUACAGCUCAAGAACAACAAAUGGUUUUUAUUGUUUUUGUGCAUUUGUCGCAAGUAUUGAAUCCAUGUACGGAACAAAGUUCUAUUGGAUGAAUCCUACCACGGAUUCGCAUUCCCCCAGUCUCGAAACAUGCUAUAUGAAAAUGAUCAGCUUUCUUAAGGUAAAGAAGGAAACUGUGAAGGUAGCUCAAAACUGGCUUAAGAUUGCCAAUAGAGUAAUGGAGCUGUAUGACUUCGUGGCAAAGAAUAGAGAGCAGGCUGCUGAACUUAAUUUGGGAAGGAACAAUUUAAGACAACUUGUUGAUCUCGUUCAACUUGUGAACACUGGCACUACUCGGGAGAGUCUGGAUCGUAGCAUGCAUUUCGAAAAUCAAACGGCCAGAAGAGAAGGCGAAUUUCAUGUUGGAGAUCAUUUAGGGUUCAAUAUUGAAGAUCUCGAUUUUUUCUUAAUGAAGACGUAA